CUCCUGAAAAAUAGUGUUUUAUUGAUAAGAGAUUGAGAUACAUAUUUUACAUCACAAGACUAGUUACCUUGUUACAAGUUAGUUAUUUUAAUCUACUCCUCUAACAAACUUCAAUUACACUCAGGAUUGAAUUACAAAUCAACAACUCCGCCCCUAAAUAUGAGACUCUCAAAAACCUCUUUACUCCUGAAAAAUGGGUGUUCAAAUAACACUCCCCGUAAUAAUAUUACCUCUGAUUCCACUUAUUAACAUCAAUGAAUGAAUUAGUAAAAAAAAUAAAAUAAAAAAUCAAUGAAUGAAUUUCUCACCACUAAUUUAUUUGACAAAAAAUACACUAUUUGCUUUUUUAAUAUAGAACAAAAAUUACUAUAAAAGGAGUAAAGAGCUUUAUUCGACUCAAAGGAAAUAAGAGCUAAAAAUAGCAUAUUCUAUGUUUGCUUUUAAAAACCUUAUUUAAUCUCUUUAUAGGAAUAAAAAACAUCAUUUAGUAUCAUAGAAGAUAUUUUGAUAACAUCAGUACACUUUUUGAGCCUUGUGGGGUGUCCCUCUCUAAAUAAGCACACUUCUUCUCUCUCCUUGUCCCUUUCCUCAUCAGUUUCCCUUUCUCUUUACCAAAUAUAGCCACUAAAAUAACCAACAAGGCAAACCUGUUGUCUCAUCUCAUCAUCUCAUUAUAGUUAAAUAUCCAACUCACCACACAAAACACACACACUCACAAAUACUCUCACGGUUACCUCAUUUCUUCAACCAUGAUGAUUCACUAUAUAUACACUACCUUACUCUUCAAUCUUUUUACACCAACUCUCUUUUCAAUUCUCACUUCUCUUGAUCUCAAAACCAUUUUCAUCUCCAGUCUCCAACACAUAAAUAUGUUUACUAGUAGUAGCAGCUCUUCUUCUUCACAACCUAUUUCGUCGGAACCAUCCUCUUCCUCCCGCAUGAUAUCACUGCCGAAUUUAGAGGUAUCUCAUGAGAUAUCGUUUUCCAACGAGGAGGUGCGGUUAGCUGCAACUACCCCGAAGAAGCGUGCAGGGAGAAAGAAGUUCAAGGAGACUCGCCACCCGGUUUACAGGGGUGUCAGGAGGAGGAACUUAGAUAAAUGGGUAUGUGAAAUGAGGGAGCCUAACAAGAAGACUAAGAUUUGGCUAGGGACUUUUCCAACGGCCGAGAUGGCAGCUAGAGCACAUGAUGUUGCAGCAUUUGCAUUGAGGGGUCGUUAUGCUUGUCUAAACUUUGCAGACUCGGCUACGCGGCUUCCUAUACCUGCAACUACAGAGACAAAAGAUAUACAAAAGGCAGCUGCAGCAGCUGCUGAGGCUUUUAGACCAAACAAUAUUUUAAUGACUACCGACAUUGAAGACACGGCUGAAGCUUCCGCCGCUACAGAGGAGCCGCUUAUGUUUAGUUUGGAAGAGGAAGAAGAGGGAGAGUUGAACAUUCCAGAGUCAUUGAGGAAUAUGGCACUAAUGUCCCCUACACAUAGCUUAGAGCAUGAGCAUAAGCAUGAGCAUAUUAAUGAAGAUUUUCAAGAUGUUGAGGUGUCACUAUGGAGUUUUUCAAUUUGAUUUUUUUACUUUUUUUAAUGUUUUUUCAGUUGUAUUUUAUUUGUUUGGUUUAUGUUUUAUUGAAUUUUUAUAUAAAGUUUACUGUUAUUUUUGGAUUGUAAUGGACCAUUUUUUAUCAGUAGUACUGAUAUUGUAUAUAUACAUAAAUGGAAGUUGAAAAAAUUAUAUUUUUAUAGCUUUUCUGUGAAUGAAACUAAACAAGUAUAAAGUGCAUCUCAUCCGUUUUAUAAUAUUGCAAUAUGACAGAUCAAUAUCCCUUUACUAUCACGUGAUUUCAUUAUUCCAUUUCCAUAACUGAUUAUGCUACUAGUAUGAUUUUUUCAGUCUAUGUUAUAAUAUGAAAUGUCAAAUGGAAUUAAGUGUGUUGACACAUUAAGCUGAUUUCAAGUUGAGUUUUGGUCAAUAGUUGUAUAGUGUACUCACUCCGGCCGUAUUUAUAAGAAAAUGUCAACUUUUCAGAUUCAUUGAAUACGUGAUGUAUCUCAUCUAUAUUAUAAAUCAGAUACAUUAGUUAUUCAAUGAAUCUGAAAAAAAAAAAAUUUUGUUUAUAAUUAAGGCUGGAGUAUUAUCUAAAGAACAAUUUUAGAACCUGUUUUAAAUCAAUUGUGUUUUUGCAAGAAAAUAUAACACAUGAGGUAGUAAAGCUGGCAGCAAAGUGAUCAGAAAUCUAAACAAUAACACAACAAUGCAACAACAGCAAAAUUCCCAAAUCAGAAAUUAAACACAACAUUAAUAACUCAAACAGACAAUAUAUUUAUUACCACCCAUUGCAUUUUGCUCCUAAGGCCAAUUUUAAUCAAGUGAUUGGUCCCAAAUGAGCUUCUAUUAAGACGAAUCAUUCGGUAGAAUCUAAGUUCAAUUUUUUAGAAGAACAAUUUUUUGUUAGAGUCUAUUUACGUCAUAGUCGAAUUCUAAAUUAUCAGACGUUUUCCCCGAAACAGGGUUAACACAGAAAAAAUGACAUCUUUACACAAUUUUUUACUCAGUCUGUUCCAAAAUCAGAAAUAAAACCAAAUUAAUAUCAAAAUAAAUAACAAGGAAACACUCAAUUCAACAAAAAAUUGGGGAUUUUCUCAAAUCAAAUAUUUAACUUGUUUAACAGGAGGAUAAAGUUUAUGAUUAUCAACAAAAAUUCAGGAUUUUUAGUUUGAAAGAAUGAACUGAAUAAAAAAUAAAGCAGCGGAAUAAGAAACUCACCUUAGAA